GCAGUUAUAUUGUCACAGGCAAGUAUUGGUUAUACUGGUACAUAAAGCAUUGUAUGAUGGGAGGACUGCAUGGUUGUAUGUACAAUAUAUGCAUGAUUGUUUGUAAAUAUUACAGUAUGAUUGUCAUGAUUUUUUUUUUUCAUAUUGGCACAUACUUUGUCUGUGGCACAUACUGUCAUGGAUUUUUAUAGUCAAUAAAAAUAUAUAAACAAACAGGGAGGCUUAGUGGCUUAGUGGUUUGCACGGUGGCCUUGCAUUACCAGGGUUGAGGGUUACUCUGAGUAAUCCAGUUUCCUUCCACAGUCUAAAGAGACAUGCAUAUUAAGUUACAGUAAUUGAAAUUCCAAAAUUGCCCAUAGUGUGUGUGCGCCCUGGGAUGGAUUGGCACCCCGUCCAGGUGGUGGUCCACUCUGCCUCGUGCAGCGCCCCUGCGACCCUAGACACUGGAUAAAGCGGUAUAGAUGAUGAGGGAGUGAAUAACAAACAAGUUAUGCUUUGUUUUGUUUCUUUUGCCAAAAAGUGCUCUGCUAGCAGAUAAAAGAUGGUGUCACAUUAAGAUGAAUUUUCAGCAAACAACUGUAAAAUAACUAGACAUUAAACAGUACAUUAAAUGUCGUAUAAAAAUAAAAAAAAGCAAAAGUGAAGAGAAAGCAACACUUAAAAAAAUCUUUUAACUUAAAGCAGGAUGCAAGCAGAUGAUCCCUCAUCAAAGAUACACGAACAUUUAAACCAAAUGCGGCUGAAAUCUCAGGUGAUAUUACAUGGAACAUUUAUUUCCCCCACAAAUGAUAAGUUAAAUCUCACUAUAGGAUUUCAGCUUGUAUCUCACAUAAAGGUUUGAAAAUGUUAUACCGUGCGCUAGCAAUUACUUGAACGCACCGAGGCAGAUUAAACAGAAAUAACACUGGUGUGGCCUGAGAGCGACAACACAGGCGAGAGACACUGCGCGUUGCUACAGUAGGCCAUGGUCUCCAUUUUCUAUCCUCGCAGAUCCUGAAAACUGACACUAUAUCAUUAAUACAGACGUCGGGUUGUUUGUGUGUGGUUGACACUGCUAUUAGAGGAUUAUACAUAGCGUUAAACAGGAGAAACAACACCGGGACAGGACACACACACACCACUAUAGCGUUAUUCUGAUGACACAGUCGGCUAAGCUGUAGAGUUCCCUUUAGCCAGUGUUGGGAAUGCAGCCACCUCUAGCACCAGCCACCAUCAGAGAGCUGGUGCGCUCACAUCUCCAUCUUGAUCCUGUUGCUGCAGAUUUGCGCUGCAGUCUUUUUGUGGCUGCCGUGCAGAACUACAAGCGUGACUCUGUCCUAAGACCAUUCCCACCUCCAUAUCUAAGGGGAGAAAUAAAGGAUUUUGAGGAGUUGCAGAAAGAUGUGAGCAGCUUGCCAAGUAUAAGAGACCUGGUCCGACUGGGAUCAGGAGAUGGAGAUCAUCAUCUGGCACUGGUACACUGGGUUCUCUCUUCCAAGAGCUUUGCUGUAAAGACCAUCCAAAAAGAAGAGUGGGCCAGACUCAGCCAACUGACACAAAAUGCAGGGGUCUCCUCCCCUGUGCCUGACUUCCUUUUUGAGUUGGAGUACUGUGAACAGAUGAAUUCAAAGUUUGAGAAGACACGGGCAGGACGAGAUAUUAUCUAUGCAUUCCAUGGUAGUCGACUGGAGAACUUCCAUUCCAUUAUUCACAAUGGUCUACAUUGUCAUCUGAAUAAGACGUCACUGUUUGGGGAAGGUACUUACUUGACCAGUGACCUUAGUAUAGCUUUUCUCUAUAGUCCCCAUGGAAAUGGAUGGUGUGACAGUGUCCUUGGGCCAGUACUAAGCUGUAUUGCCUUGUGUGAGAUUAUUGAUCAUCCAGAUGUGAAGUGUCAGGUAAAGAAAAAAGACUCUGAGAGCCUUGACCGCAAACGUUUGAGGGCAAAGAACAGUGAGGGGGGAGACGUGCCAGAAAAGUACUUUGUGGUCACCAACAAUGAGCUGCUGAGAGUAAAGUACCUGCUGGUUUACUCUCAGAAACGUUACAGAACCAGACAUGCUCAAGGGACAUCGUGGCUGGUCAGACACCAUUUUGCCAUUAUGAUGGGUCUCUACCUUCUACUCCUUAUAUUCAUUGGUGCCUUCAAUUCUACUAGUUUCCAGGCAUUUUGGCAUCGAAUAUUUCGGUGAUCCAACUUUUUAUUACAUUUGCCUCAUUUUCAAAGUGCCUUUUUCUUUAGUUCACUGAAGAAUUUAGUUGAAGACUUACAGUUACCAUAAUGCUCAGGAAACUCUGAAUAUUUUAUCCAUCUAUCAGUGUGUACUAGUUGUACAGCAAGCACAUUUAAUUUGACCACAUUUUCAUAUGCCUUUGUUAAGUCAACACAUGGUCAAACAUUUAUGUUUGAGAACCAGUGUGUGAGAAGAGAGGCCUUGUCUAAACUGUGUGAAUACUAAUUAUUAUUUUUUAAACACUGUGGCAUGUAGCUUGUCGUAACAUAUUUUUUUAUACUAAGUGAAUAAUUACUGUACAUGAGCUGUACAACCAAAUUAUGAGGGACAUAUGCUGUCCUGUCUUUAAAGAAAUGUGCUUGGCCGAGGUCAAUAGCUGCUUACUUAAUUAAAGGGAACCAUUAGUUGACCACAAUGAUAAUUUUACUGAUUGUAGGAUAGAGUUUUUGAUUGAAUGUAGCACUUCUUACGUUCCACUAGAACUGUUUGAUUCAUGUCACAAAAUGAUUUGAUUUUGCAUUCUAAACAUGUCUUUUACACUUACUAGCCACUUCAUUAGGUAAAACUGUUUGUAACACAAAUGUCUAAUAGCCAACAGCGUGGCAAUCCAUACCCAUACAAGUAGACAUGGGCAUGAUCUGCUGAAGUCACACCUAUCAUCAGAAUGGGGACGAAAUGUGAUUUAAGUGACUUAUGACUGUGGCAUGGUUGUUGCUGAUCUACUGAGACUUUUACACCAUCUCUAGGGUUUUUAGAGGAUGUUCUGAAAAGAGAAAAUAUAUAGUGAACAGCAGUGGGUAAAAAUGCCUUGUUGAUGCUGGGUCAGAGAAGAGUGGCCAGACUGGUUUGAGCUGAUAGAAAGACAACAGUAACUCAAAUAACAUCUUAUUACAACCGAGAAACGUGGAUGAACGUCUCCGACUGCAUUACACAUUGAACCCUGAAGCAGUAUUGUAUAUCGGGGGAUAUUUUCUGGACACAUGUAGUACCAUUAAAGCAUUGUUUAAAUCCCACAGUCUGUCUGAGCACACAGGAUAACAAACUGAACAAACUGGUUUGCUUGAACAUGCCAUUGGGUUCACUGUACACACCUUGCCUCCACAGUCACCAGAUUUUAAUCCAGUAGAUCACCUUUGAGAUCAUGGAUGUAAAGCCCGACAAAUAUGUAGCAAUUGCAUGAGACUAUUAGGUCAAUAUAGACCAAAAACUCUAAGGAAUGUUUUCAGCAUAUUGUUGAAUUGUUUAUACCACGUAUAUGCAAGGCAGGACCCAGUCCAGUACUAGCAAAGGUGUACCUAUUGAAGUGGCCAGUGAGUGUAUACUGUGUAACUGUUGGGAGUUUUUUCCUUAUAAUAGUCCCUAAGAUUUUUUUUAAGUAAAUAUUAAAUAAUGGAUUCUCAAUAUUAUUGAUUUGGGAAAUGUUUGAAUUAUUUAUUUUACCUUCCAUAAAUAUUACUAACAGCAGAACAGUAAAAUUGUGUAUAUUUGUUUGCAGGGUGAUUUACAAAUUACGAAGAUACAAAUUAAUAAUCCAAUGGGUAUAUACAUACAAGUAAUAUACAUUUAAGUCGUUAUUUUUUACAAAUACACCAAAAAUUACAACAAAUACAAUAUUGUAUAUUUUCAUUGUCGUCCUCACUUGAUUUUAAAAUAUGCAGUAUGUAUCUAUGACUAUUGACCUAUUUUUCUGUGAAUAAACCUCUAAAAUAGUUUACGCCUAAGCUAAUAAACACGUCUUUCUGGA